GGGCAAUUACAUCAUAAAAAUAAACUCCUGUGAGGCUGGAGAUGUGGACAAUUAUUGAACGCUAUAACAGAUAAAGUAGGGUCAGUUGAAUUUAUAUAUCAGUGAUCUCGAGACGUGGAUAGCCGCAGCCAGUUUCCCGAUGGAUCAACGGACUUCACAGAUCCUCAAAGCUAGUUCGAUGAAGCUUAUACAAAUAGAAUUUUUUUCCUGUUAGCAAGUUUCCGGAGAAGUGAGGCAUGGAUUCGAACGCGAAAAUUUGUUUACUUGUGUGUGCGUUUGCGAUGGCCCGAGAAUUCAGACCGGUCGAGCCGUUUAUCGCUGAGUUUUUGAUCGGACCCGAUGUCGGACUCACCGAAAAACAAGUCGUUCAAGAUAUCCUGGUGAUCUCGACUUACGCCAGUUUAGUUCUCGUUAUCGUUGUGUUUUUGGUGACGGAUUUAUUGCGCUACAAACCUAUUGUCAUCGCUGAUGGAGUUGCGGGAGUCAUGACUUACGUUCUUCUGAUCGGGAGACCGUCCCUUCAAAUGAUCCAGGUCGAACAAAUGUUCUUCGCGUUUUUCUAUUCGUCCGACUCCGUUCUCUACACCUACAUGUACGCUAAAAUUGAGGACAAAACGACUUAUAACCAAAUAACGGGCUACGUGAGAGCCGCCGUUCUGUCUGGGAAAUUCUUGAGCGGCUUUUCGUCUCAGGUUUUCGUAACUCUUCACCAAGCCGGUACCAACUCCAGUAAAUUACCCCUCGUCUACAUGAGCAUAGCAGGUAUGUCAUUAAAUGAACAAUCUGCAACUUUCCAGACUCAUAAAGCGUGA